GCUGCCACCUCGACCGCUAUCCCAUCCAGUGGAACAUACACCGUUGGAGGUGUCACGACUGUCGUUGAGACCGCGACCACCGUUGUCUGCCCAUAUGCGACUACCACCACCUCGGCCGGAGAGGUCACCAGCACCAUCCUGACCACCACCUACGUCUGCCCAUCGGCUGGUACAUACACCAUUGCUCCCUUGACCACCACCUACACCGAGUCCACCGUCUGGGUCUACCCAACCCCAGCUUCGUACCCGGCCGGCACCUACACCCAGCCUGAGGUCGUGACCACCGUUACCGAGACCGGCUUCGUCUUCUUCUGCCCCUUCAGCACCCCGACCCCGAGCCCGGCCCCUGUUCUCUCAACUUCGCCUGCUCCAGCGCCCCCGGCUAUCUCAUCUCCAGCUAUCUCAUCUCCGGCUGCCCCAUCCCCUGUCGCCUCUUCCCCAUCUGCCUCGUCCCCAGCUCCUGUCGCGACUUCCUCCCCUGCCAGCUCUGGAUCCAACAACGGCCAGCUUGGAACCGCCGGACCCCAGUGGGCCAUCACCUACACUCCCUACGCCAACAACGGAAACUGCAAGAGCGCCAGCGACGUCGACUCUGAUAUCGCAGACAUCGCUAGCAAGGGGUUCACCAGUGUCCGCGUCUACAGCACCGACUGCUCCAGUCUCGAGAACAUCGGAGCUGCCUGCAAGGCCCACGGCCUCAAGAUGAUCCUUGGUGUCUUCAUCAGCGACACUGGCUGCUCCGGCGCCGAAGAGCAAGUCUCCCAGAUCAUCUCCUGGGCUCAGUGGCCUCUCGUCGAGCUGAUUGUCAUUGGUAACGAGGCCGUUCUCUCCGGUUACGCGACCGCCAGCGAGCUCGCCGGUUUCAUCUCUUCCUCCGCCUCAAAGUUCCAGGCCGCAGGAUACAACGGACCUUACACCACUACCGAGCCCCUUAACAUCUGGCAAGAGAACACCGAGACUCUCUGCGCUGUCGUCGAUGUUGUCGGCUGCAACAUCCACCCCUUCUUCAACCCCGCCAUCGAUGCUGAGCACGCCGGUUCCUUCGUCGCCAGCCAGCUCAAGCUCGUCGACGCCCUGUGCCCCGGCAAGUACGGUAUCAACCUGGAGACCGGAUGGCCUUCCGGCGGUAUCUGCAACGGUAUCGCAUGCCCCGGCGCUUCUGAGCAAGCCACCGCCAUCAAGGGCAUCACUGCCGCCGCUGGAGGCAAGUCCGUCAUGUUCUCGUACUCCAACGAUGAGUGGAAGGCCCCUGGUCAAUUCGACUGCGAGCAGAGCUGGGGUGCCAUCCAGCUGUUCACACUGUAA